GCCAGUUAGAGUGUGAUUAGCAUCAACAAACACAAACCUACUUUUGAGAGACUAACUUGCAUCGAACAUGCUGCGCUCACUUCGAACGUGUCAAAACAAAGCUUGCCAUAUUGUUUCCUAGUUCUACCGAAAGUUUGCCCAAACACACCGCGGAGAUAGAACAACUGUGCGGGCUCUACACAGACCGCAAACAUGUCCUUGAACCGUGCUCUGUUCUGGCUCGUAUAUGGAUCAACGUUGUUUUUUGGAGGUAAGUUUAACAAGCCUCUCUUAUGUUCAUAUUAAGGUUUAUGGCGACCACGAGUGCAGCAUUGUGAGCGAGCAUUGAAUACCUGCUGACUAUGCUAUAUUACUUAUCAAUAUUGCAAUCAAAAAAAUGAAAACUUUUUUAGGAGGUCUACAGAAGCUUACAGAGCACAUUCGAAAUUUUGUGUUGAUUUCCAUGCAGGUACUCUCAUGAUCUUAUUAAGUCUAAAGCGUAAAUGUUAUAAUACAAGGCUAAAGCAUUUUGGAUAAUCAUGUUUGGAAUUUAUAAAGCUUACUGGGUUUUAGAGGAAACAUCUUUUUUCCGCCCAAAUUAGAUUAAUAGAUGCAGAUUCGCUUCCUCUGAUAUGCGAGAAAUGGAAUUCUGUUUACAUGGUGAAACAAAAUUGCGCCCUACUCAUUCUUUUUGUUAGUGGAAAAAAUAGACAGCACUAUCUUUUAUAUAACUUUAAUUUUAUACACAUAUAGUAUCACUAUUUGCAUUAAAAAAGUAAGUGGGGUUUUCUAUAGACAUUCUGGGAAUUGCGCCAGAUGUUGAAUGGACUUAACAUUCCCUCCACGUUUAUUUUGCCGAAAGAACAAAAAAUAUACUUACAAGAAUGUACCGAAGUGAGCGUAUUUAUUUUUCCUCCUUGACGAAGAUAAUCAAAUAUUUAUUUCUUGAAUGCACUAAAUAAGAUAGAAGACCUGUUUGAGGGCAUUGCCGCAAAGCGAUUCGUGAUUCGUGCUGUGUGCUCUAAAGAAUCCCCGAGGAGCAACAUCGAUAAUGCUAAGAAGAGACUUGAGGUAAAAGCUGGGAUUAAUUAUAUUCUAAACCAGUGUAUUUUUAUGAAGCUGGAGCUCGGUUUUUAGAGAUAAGUAUAAAAUAAUAUCUCCCCACAUCAUGGGUUUUAAUCACUGCAUGCCUGAAAGCCCGUCGGCAUGCGUCUACUAACUUACUGUGUUUUUUUUCAUUGCCUGGAGGCUAAAAGAAGCGAAAAACGUGAAAAGUUUAAUUCCUUUUAAUCCCUCGUCACUGAUAUCCAAGAAUAAUGAAUUGUAAAUAAGAUAGCCUUAUGUUUGUGCACGUUAUUGCAAUUGGGCGAUUAAUGAAAGAAAAAAAAAAGAAUCCUCAGAAUAUUCCCUGUAUUCAACCCACUAAUAAAGUGACUUGAUUCGAGAUAUCGGGGAAGUAUUUCUCUUUUGCAGUCGUGGGCGGAGAGCAGAUUUAUUGUUUUGUGAAAGAAUCGUUAGGUAGUUAUCAGUUCAUAUUUACCGCUGAUAGCCAAUCGGUUUGGGAGGGAUGUUAUUGGAAACAACCUUUGUGUCACGAACAAUGAAUCUUUCAAGCAAGGACUUUGUCUGGUAUUUUUUCUCUAUAAUGUUUUGUCGUUUACAGUCAAGGUUGAUGAGGCCAUUCGCCACAUUCGCACUUAUAUGUGAAUUGUAGUUUAAUCGAGGGUGGUAUUUGUGUAGCACAACUGGACCGUCGGGUUCGUUUCUUUGUUUCCUCUGUAGAUAAGCUUUCGCCUUAAAAUAAUUACCCAUUCAAUUAAAAAUAAUUUGUCUGUGAUCCUGAAAGACAGCUUCAUAAAGAAUUUCGAUUAUCGAAAGACAAAGAGUAAUUAACUCCGACCUCAUGUACAAGAAUGAAUUCAUAUGCAAAUCAAGUUAAGCUUUUUGGGCUCGUAAGGUAAACAAAAGCUUAUUUCGGUCUCGUUUACUGACCCUUUCGCGUCUUGAACGUCAUAACUCAAGCUAAGUGUAUUUAUGUUGAGUAAUAUAUUGCUCUUGUAGCUAAAUCUUAUCUCAACUAAGUGGGAAAACUACAUAUUAUCACUUUCGAAUUAAUUUUACGUAAACUGAGUUCAGUGCUUUUAAUAUGCCAGGGUCAUAGAAAUAUGACUCAUUACGAACUAUAACAGGAAGUCGAGGGAAGCCUUUGAAAAAAAAAUUUUUUUGAAGUAUUUUGAUUUAAAAGUAAAACAACUGGCUUUUCUUCAGAACAAUACCAAAGUGUAAUGGUUUAAUAAAUUAUAAGAACGAACAAGCCAUUGACUACAAAAAAGCCUAAUUUCAGGGAAAUACUGGUUGGGGCACUGGUUUACGUUAAAUCGAAAUCAUUUUUGGCGUUCAAACACCUCUUACAGGUAUUCCUAAGGCAUAUCUUCGUUUCAGAGAAAUUUAUGAAAAGAAAGAAUGCAAACAAGCAAUUAAAAAAUCGCGGGAUGUUUUCAUUAGUUUCUGAUCGCCUUCAACUUCCUUCUGGUGUUCAUUGGUCGUAAUUCUGGUAAAGAAAGGUUAUUGAUGUGUUAGUAAUGUUACCGCCUAUCAGUUAUCAAGAGCAGAGGAAGUUGAUAAAAGCCUCGGAAACUGCAAUUCGUCGUAGAAAUGACACAUACAAACCGCGUUAAAAAGUCUAUCUUCAGGAAUAUUCUAAGCUGCGAAUAAAAACUGAAUUCUUGCAGUUAUUGCCCUUUUUUGACUUACAAUAUGGCAAUAAAUGUAAGACGAUUAUUUUAGAAAAUAUGUAUUUGGUAAAGAGAUGCCAAAAGCCAUGGUAAAACAAGAUUAUUGAUGUGGUAAUAAACAUUUUUUGCACCGGAAUGUGGCUAGCCUCAGGCCAAAGAGGUUCAUUGAGGUUGUCUACCGGUCAUAUUGGGCACUUUUAUUAUCCGGAAUCAGUGUUAAAAUAACAUGAUGUAGCACGAUAAGGAUGGGGAAAUUCUGUCUUAAGAUUUAAGGCAUUGUAUUAAAAAAUGUCGAACUUCCGAAGAAUUGUUCAAAAGGAAAAAAAAAAUGAAUAAAACCGGAGGCAAGGAGUCACCUCAAUUCGAAUACGGUGCUGGACUAAGAAUGUUGGAAAUUAUUGUUGCUCUUGAUUAAAAUACGUCACCCCUCUUUCUUGCAUGGUUAAAGGUCGUAACACAAUCGGAAACCUGCCGAUGCAACACGUCGCUGCGACAAACCACUCCAUGAGUACCGGUCGGGCAACAAGUCCGUGUAAAAUACGUUGCGGUGGCACAUCCUAGCGACAAAUCUCUUCGCUUGUCCUGAAGAACUUUUGUGAAAAACUUUGUCUCACGCGACAGAAUUUUGUCUUCACCGCGACAAACUGCAAAAAAUCAAAUCAGUUUGAAUUUAUGUCCCAAUGUCGCGACGACAAAAUUCUGUCAUAGAGACAAUUGUUUUCUGCAAAAAUUCUCCAGUGAAAACGACGCAAUUCAUCGCUGCGACGUGUUUCAGUCAACAGUGUCGCGUGCAUGGGUGUGUUUCUCCUUUGACCUAAAUGUGGCGUUCCAAACCAAGAUUAGCUUUUGUUAUUUUGUUGUCUUGGCCGGUGUCCUUUUCAGGCGGCUGAUAAAUCGAUCGAUAUUUUAUUAACAGUCAAAUCGCAGCUACAUGCCGAUCCUAGAAAAGUUUAAGUUGAAAGCAAAAAGGCGAAGAUUUCCAGUCAAAGCACUUCUUACACAAAAUGUUUUUCAGAAAAACGAAGACAUUAUAAUGUUCUUAUGUAUAAUGCAUGUACGUGAUAUAGUAUUGUACCUUAUGAAAAUCGUUUUCUAUUUUGGACAUCUUUGUCGUCUUUGAGUGGAGAUCCGGAGUAGUUGCUAAAGAAUUAUUUGUUAAUGGCACUAAUUGCCUUUUGAAUGCUCGUUGUUUUAAAAAUUAGUAUGAGUGAAAUGCCUGACUAGUCUGGAGGUAGCUCUAAAAUUAAUCUUGAGAAGGAACACGAACAGACUAAGAACGAAUUUAUAGAUCGAUCGAAGUGCCGGGUAAUUUUAUUUUCUUCACAAUUUAGCACCUAAAAGCCACGUUUAGAGUCGGUAUUCGUCCUCUUGUCCUCGUCUGUUUUAUCGCUGAAAAUAUAUACAGUGUAGGCAAAGAGCCUCAUCCAGCUGCCAUCAUGAACCAAUUUAGCUGCCCACUUCUUGUUUGACGCUUUAUAAUACUUCCUUUAAGCCGUUUUUGGCCUUAAAGCAGGAGGAAAUUGAAUGGCUAAGACUGGUUUUGGUAAUGUUUUCUUAGAUGUAGCUUAUUCUUUGCUAUUGAAGAAGUGCUCCGAAUGACACAGGAAAAGGAAAAUUAAGAACAUUACGCAAGUCGUGACCACCACCGCACAUCUGAAUUGCCUCUUGAUGAGCAAAAAAGCCCGUAUUAAACCUGACAAAAUUCUAAGGAGUGGUAAAUACAUGGCACGCUCAAAAAUUCGUUAGAUUAGUUUGCCAAUGAGGAUUACUGUGUAGAAGUGAUUGUAUGGGAUCAGAUCAUACGCGACUCAGUCCAGAGGACCGUUCUUGAAGCUAGCAAGGCUUACUCUCUGGAUAAAGAAUCAUUUUAAUCACAACAAUUUCAUAAGUAGAAUCAGCCGCACUCAAAACAAAAAAAACUUCAGGUACUCGUUUCUCCUAAGGACAAACCACGCAAACGUAUGCAGUUUGAUCGACUGUCAACACUGCACUCCAGGCGAGGCUGAGCCAAACUGACCAGCACAAUAACUCAGCUUACAAAAAAUAAUUUAAUUGAAAUUAUUUGCUUAGCAUACACUAUCACUGAAAUGCUUUAUUUACUAUUGCCACUUCACGAAUAUUACGACAAAUUUUCUCAAAUAGUACUGUGUAAUGUAUAACCUCUUUCUUGUCCUUUUUUUUUCCUGACAAGGUACCAAUGCGGUGAAGUCAAAAUACGCAUGUGAGAAUAAAAAGUUGAGACUGGAAUGCCAAGAUCCCUUGACGAUCCGAAUAUACACGGCAAAAUUCGGACGCCUGGAGGCUGGAAACGCCAUCUGUCCACAUAAAAACAUUAGUAAUCUGAACUGCCAGGCGCCAAAUACGCGGGAUAAAAUGAUUGAGAGGUGCACGCACAGACGCAAGUGUACAGUCAGAGCAAAUAGCACAUAUUUUGGGGAUCCAUGCCCCGAGACUUACAAGUACCUGGACGUUAUAUAUGGUUGUGGUGAGUAUUAAUUUUGUUUUCUACUCGUCUAAUCUCAGAAGUUUAUAUAAACGCAGGUAAAAAACAGAAUAACAAUGUGUUGUACUCUCUUUUUGGGGCCAAAUGCACACCAUGGGUUGAACCCUGGUGGCCAAAAAUCCAAGUGAAAGAAUGGAAUUACGAUUAAAUUUUGUUUUAGGGUGUUUCAUAUUUUUUUGAUUAUGUGAGUUAAUAUUCCGAUCCAAUGCAAGGUUAUUCGUCAAAGCGUUAGUGGUUUCGGUUCCAUUUCUCGGUCUCCUCUGUAUGAUCAUUUGGUAUUACUAACAAUAAAAUGGCAAACCGAAAGUCAGGCACAAUACUGAACUUGUACGAUACCUUAUGUUUCUAACCAUUCUGAUAAAUGAAAACGAAGGAAAAAAGAUGCAAAUAUAAUCUUCUGGGCUAGACUCUUUUCUCGUACUUUUAUUCGAGUACUGUGCCAUCUGGAUCAGGCGCGUAGCUGAGGUUUGAGAAGGGGUGUUUGUACUGAUGCGAAUAUUUCUUAACAGCGUGAAAUACUGCGAGCGCCAAAGUUCGAACCUCUAGGACUUUCUUGGGGCAAUUUGCUCUCCCACAAAAUGUUGAAAUCUAGAAACCUGGAAAUGCUAUUUUCAGUAGUCUCCACGUGAAUAUUUCAAACUCGAUCAAGUCUAAAACAACAGGUAUUUUUAGUCGUAACAACAAUAUUUCCGUUUGACUUGGAACAUUCAUACAUAGUGAUACAUACCGGCUAAGUAUACGAAACGUUUUACAAAACUUGACGUGUGCUGCAAGGUAUCUCAGACCAAAAGCUUAAGGUCUCGGUAAAGGAAAACGAGACGCCCACAGAAAAAAAUUCUAGUCGCGCAAGUAUUUUCGCUACAAAGGCCAGUUAUAUAUCAAAUUAAAGCUAAAAGACUAAAUUACCUCAUAAAAGAUUUUAUUUUAUCGAAUUUUUAAAGGCGCUUAAGUUUUUUGCUCCCGAACUCAGGGGUAUCGACUUUACUGCUGAAGCUCCAGCCCUUUAGCCCCAGCGCGUUGUUAAAUAUUCACUUCCUUUUUAUUGCAUCUGAUUGACAGAUAAAAGACCUAAAAAAAGGUGUGAGGAAUUUUCCGAUUUCCCUUUGUAACUCAUUUUAUGGCAGUUUUUUUUGCGUAAAUCGCGCUCGAGAUUCGACUUUUUAGUUUGAAUGCAAUAAUUCCGCUAAUACGAGACAUAUGCAAAUUUCCUCACACCCUUUUUUAGGUCUCUGAUCUGUCAAUCAGAUGCAAUAAAAAGGAAGUGAAUAUUUAACAACGCGAAAGGGCUGGAGCUUCAGCAGUAAUGUCGAUACCCCUGAAUUCGAGAGCAAAAAACUUCAGCGCCUUUUGAAAUUCGAUAAUAUAAAAUCUUUUAUGAGGUAAUUUAGUCUUUUAGCUUUAAUUUGAUAUAUAACUGGCCUUUGUAGCGAAAAUACUCGCGCGACUAGAAUUUUUUUCUGUGGGCACCUCGUUUUCCUUUACCGACACCUUAAGCCCCUAGUUCCCCGGCUCCGCUGUCUUUGUACUGAAGGCGGCAUCAAUCGUCAUUAUGUAUUAAACACGUAUCACCUCGGUCNAGUAAAAAGGAAGUGAAUAUUUAACAACGCGAAAGGGCUGGAGCUUCAGCAGUAAUGUCGAUACCCCUGAAUUCGAGAGCAAAAAACUUCAGCGCCUUUUGAAAUUCGAUAAUAUAAAAUCUUUUAUGAGGUAAUUUAGUCUUUUAGCUUUAAUUUGAUAUAUAACUGGCCUUUGUAGCGAAAAUACUCGCGCGACUAGAAUUUUUUUCUGUGGGCACCUCGUUUUCCUUUACCGACACCUUAAGCCCCUAGUUCCCCGGCUCCGCUGUCUUUGUACUGAAGGCGGCAUCAAUCGUCAUUAUGUAUUAAACACGUAUCACCUCGGUCCCCCAAAAUCGUAUUUCCCGCCUUUCGCCUUUCGAGACUCCAUUUGUCAAAUCCGGAACGCUUGUUUAGGAAAUACAGUAUAUGGUGGGAUUAGUUUGACUACAUAUAAUACUAGGUCAUUAGGAUAUGCUGGGGCCUGAGCAUUGGCUACUUAAUUAUCAACUCACAACAGGACUAUUUCGUUUCGUAAAGCAAACUUUGCAAUUGCAUCAUCCUCGGGUGGAGGCCUUCAAAUAAAUUGACAACUUUGUCAAGAUCGAUAGGCAUAUCGUUCUUGAUAUGCAAGAUAGCCAGUGAGGAGAGCCUACUCUAGCCAAUGGUACAUCUCAUGUAAUUGUUUAGCCUUCUCAUUGUGCUGAUUGAACGCUCGCACUUGCACCAUGAAAAUCCUCCAUCUUUGACCAGCAAAGGGGGUUCGUUCGAACCCCUCGGACCCCCCCUCCUACGCGCCUGCUGGAUAUUCUUGUUGUCAGUGCUGAGCGCAUUGCGUUCGGAGGCGUUCACUGGGUAUCAAAACGUCCUCCCUUCUCCUUAUCCUUCGUGCUUCGAGUUCGCGCUUACUUGCCACACUUUUAUCCUUUUCACUUGGGCGGAUCCUAACUUUGUUUCAGUCUAGUCGGGUGAGCUAAUUUAUUUGACAUAAUAAAGAAAUUCUUCGGUGAUCCCACAAGAAUUUAUUUCAUCGACAGUUUGGGACCCAACGAAGCCAACGAGAACGACAAGCCAUGCAACGAGAGUCACCAAAACGAUAGCAGCAACAAGAAGCACAUCCACGUUUCAAACUUCACUAAACACGACAAGUAACAGCAUAAACGUGAAUAUCUCAGCCACUAGAACCUGGAUAGCAAGAGUGACCACCAGAGGCUCUGUGACCACAGCUUCACCUCCAAAGCCUGCAAAGAAACCAAAAGACAAGGCAUCAGGUAGCAGAGGUGAGAAGGAGGGCAUUUUGUCCCUGCUGAGAUCUCUGUACCUCACAUACAGGUUUAUCAAAGGUACGCGGUGAAGGAACCUGAGCUCUAGCGUUGUGGUCACGUGAGUCAAGACGAACGUAAUGACACACGACAUAAUUCUUACUUUGAUUUUAACAUUUACGCAUUCCUGUAGAUUCAUUCUUUAGACAAGAGAGUAAUUCUAAAAUGCGUUGCAUUUAUUAUCCGUUCCAAUUUGUAAACAGUUUCUCAUCAUAACAUCUUACGUUGCCCAAGGCGAAAGAGUUUUGUAUUCAGUUUAAGCGGAGAAACACAAUUUCCCUAUAAGGUUUCUAUAUUCUACCAGUAAACUAGGAACCUAUUGAUCAUUUUCCCACCUAAUCCAAAGCAAAGAAAGAUUUAAACAAUAUUUUCCCUUUAAAGUUUUUUUAACAUUCAUUCACUUACAGUGUAUGAAUGUGUGUCAUUCAUAUUAUUGAGCGUGUUGGGAAAGGGUAAGAGUAAGAAACUCACGUGACUGUGACGUCAGAGCCAGGGUGGCACUGUAGAGUCAUUGUUCUCCAUUAUCAGCGAAAAUUUAUGAUGCUGUUCUUCUCAAUCCACAAUGUUUUUUCUGUAAGCCAUGAAACAGACAGUUUUGUUAACUAUAAACUAAGUUAACAAAAGCAGACAACUUUUUUUAAAACGAAUUAUAAAAUUAACUAAAGAAACAUCUUAUGAAAAUAAAAAAUGAAUGUACCAAAAAAAAAUUAAAAUAAUAAAUCGUCGAUGAUAAGAGUCUAAAAAAAAAUAAGACAAAAUUUACUUCUGAGUUCUAAAUGAAUGUACGGUGAGGAAAUUAAGACUUGAUUGACGUGGUUAUCAUUGUUUUGGACAAAGCGCUUCAUUUCUCGAUCAGGUAAUUUUUACCGUUCAUAAAUAGUGAAGAACCUAGACUACAAAUGUACAGUUUUUGUUGAAAAUAUGGAGUUUCACUGCAAAUAAAAAUAUUUAAGCAUCAAACUGUAUUCGAGUCCUGACUUAAUUCACAAAAUAUUGCUUAUUAAUAAAUGAAACUGAAAAAGAGUUAACGAAAUCGUACCACUAAACAACUCUGAAGAAAACAAGAUGAGAUUUUCUACUGUGCCACGUUCCCGCGACUGAGGUAAACUAUUUUAAGAGGUAAUAUUAAAGAAACCAUUAGGACGCUAAAAGACAUAUAGAAAUUGGUUUAUUUUGUAUUUGCAAGACAGUGAAAGAUCCUGCUACUUUCCAGUUUAAAAGUAAUAUAAAUUGUUCCGGGUACUUAAAAUACGUCUAUUUCCUAAAGGUUUCUUAAUUAAAAUUUAUUUGCACCUAAAAUAAUUUAAUCGUAAAAAUGCUUCAUAUCCUAACUAUUAAAAAGACAGAUAACAGGAAAAAAGAUUCAACAAGAACGAUAUCUUACGUCUUAAAUAUUUCUCUUUUGUGAUUGGUAUCAUGAUGAAUUAAAAGCAGACGAAGCAAACAAAAGAGAACGAAAAAGAAUGGAAGGAAAGUUUUGGGCUUUUUUAAAAGGGUAAUAAACUUUAAAUCUAACAGUCGUCACCACCAUCUUCACCUCAUUUUUAUUGUUUUGCGGCCACCACUACACACACAUCUUUACGAUCAGGACUGCACCGCCACCACCACCACCACCACCACCAUUAUAUUUUUAUUUUGUUUCGGCAUUCGUUGUCGACCCAACGCCAGUGCCACCAACUUUAAAGUCUAUAGCCUGCUUGUACUUUUAAGAGUGUUAAAUCUUUGAAAGAGAUCUUAUCGUUAGAGCAAUAUGAAAAUGGUUUUUCAAAGGUUUCACGCUAAUGAAGGUGUCUGGCCUGUUAUCUUGCGAGUAAGCUCUCACAGGGGAACAUUACGUCAGCGUCUGAUUAAAAAUAAGCCAAUCCAGGAGCCUAGGCUCCUGGCCAAUCAGCAUUUCGCAUCCCAUUCUGGGGUGCAGAUAUUCAAAUUAAAGAGACGUGAGUGCAAGCUCUCCUUCCCUCUGCCCCUCCCUACCCCCGUUCCCCCCGAGAGCCCCAGAAGAGCUUUCUCGCAGGCUAUAAAAAUUCAGUAAACUGUUUCACAAAACAAGGUCACCUUUAACCUAGCUUGUAUUCAAUUAUGACCAGGGCACUGAGCACACAACUCUUAAUUUUUUUUGGUCUAUUUGGUCAGAGCCACGUUUCCUUACGUACUUUCCUUUCCUUGUACGACCACCACAACCACCAAGACUGCCAAGGCCACAAAAAUUCUAACGUACAAUUCCACUUUUCCAGUUUUUCCAGUUCAACGAUUUCUCUAAACUAUUUUAUUAUUGGUAUACUUACCCAUUCAUUUGUUUAUCUUUGCUUAAACACAGAUAACCCGCGUGAUACCCUUGUUGUAUUCUUGUCAGUAGUAGCCGGAGGCACGAUUGGAUUGCUGUCCUUGCUAUUAACAAUGUACAUUGCUAAAAGCUUUCGAAAGAAAAGGAAGCUUGCAAAGGAAAGGAAGAAGGCUAACCAAGGGAAAGAUGGAAGCAAGAUAAAGAGUGUUACCAUAGAAAUACAGGGGAAUGACGAGGAAACGAAAGAAAUCAACAUCAAUCCAGGAGAUAUUAUUAUUAUUGACCAUAAUGAUGCCAAUCAAUCGGGCAGCGAGGACCUUGGUUACCUUUCGGAAAUAGUUCGAUUUUAUAAUAGCCAAAACAUCGGGAGUGACGAUCAAAUAUCGAUAAGAAAACCAUUAUCCUCUUGUGAUAGUCCAUCAGUGAUAUCAACGACUGAGAGUAGAGACAGUAAAUAUGAUUCUUCUGGAAUCAACGUCAAACAGUGUACUUGCCAACAAGGGCCGUUACUGCGCCCAUCCUCCCCGGUUGAAGAAGAAAGGUAG